GACAUUUCAGACUGACAAUCUCUUCAUUGGAGAAGUGUACUGUCGUGGGAGAGACAAAGAGAGAGAGAGAGAGAGAGAGAUGGAGGGAAUGGAGGGAGAUAGGUCAGGAGGGAGCAGGUACACGCUAAGACCAUCACGGAUAAGCAACGAGGACAUACUGUUUUGCAUAGAUGUAGAUCCAGAAUCCCUUGUCGAAAUGAAAAUCUCCGGCCCAAAUGGCCGACCUCUCACCCGCUUGGACUCCAUCAAACAGUCCAUCCUUCUCUUCAUCAACGCCAAGCUCACCAUCAACCCCGAACACCGUUUUGCCUUUGCCACUCUCGAUAAAUCCGCUUCCUGGCUUCGAAAAGAGUUCAGCAGUGAAGUUGAGUCUGCAAUUGCAGCAUUUCGAGGGCUCUCAACUACUUCAUCUGGUGGCCAUGCAGAUCUUACUGCUCUCUUCCGUGUAGCAGCUCAUGAGGCAAAGAAGUCCCGUGCUCAGAAUCGGAUUUUCAGAGUGAUUCUUUUCUACUGUAGAUCAUCCAUACGACCACAACAUCAAUGGCCUGUAAACCAGAAGCUCUUCACUCUUGAUGUUGUUUAUCUCCAUGACAAGCCUGCACCUGACAACUGCCCCCAGGUGGUGUAUGAUGCGCUUGUAGAUGCACUAGAACAUGUUAGUGAAUACGAGGGCUAUAUCUUGGAGAGUGGUCAAGGGCUAGCACGUGUUCUGUUUCGUUUUACGUAUAUACUGCUAUCACACCCCCAGCAGCGCUGUGCACAAGACCAUUUGGACAUACCCAAGUCUCUUACUAAAAAGGCAACUUCAUCAGACUCAAUGCCUGAAGAUAGUAUUACUGUAUCCAGCCAAUGAGAAUAGCCGGAGUCGAUAUAGCAAACUGUGUGUUAUUUAUGAUCUUUUCACUUUAAUGUAUGUGCAGUUCAGUUUUUAACUUAAAAGAAAUGGAUGCAAACCUGUGCUUGUAUAAAAAUUUGGAUCCUUGGCAUUUUCCAAUGAGGAAUUCCAUUUUCACAUGAUUUUGAAUA